AUGGCGUCCUUCAACACAGACGUCGACUUCAACGAAAGUCGUGGAGUCGAAAUCAAUGUCAUCGGCUGGGUCUUUACAGGCAUCGCCAUUGCCACCGUCGGUCUUAAACUGUUUGCGCGGGGACAUAUGGCAAAGAAUUUGGGCUGGGACGACUUUUUCAUCUUCUUUUCGAUGGGCCUCAGUAUCAUUGCAACGGCCUUCGUGUCGUAUGCCGUCACUCUCGGACUGGGUCGACACUCAGCCGCCGUGGUUGCUGAAAAGGGCAUGGAUGGGUAUGCCGCAGCUGCAAAGUGGCAGAUAAUAGCAUUUCCUUUCAAUAUUGGCUCCUUCAGUUUCCCCAACAUCUCCAUUGCAAUCCUCAUCAACAACAUCCUGGACCCAAACAAGUUCCGUACAAUCGCUCUCUAUGUGAUGGCCGUUUUGCAAGUCGUCUUCGCUAUGAUCUCCGCCGUCCUGGUCUUUGUGCAAUGUAAACCAACAGCAAUCCUCUGGGACCCGAGACUGCUCUCUGAAGGGUCGUGCUGGAGCGCCGACGUCUUUAACGACUUUACAUACUGGGUCAGUGCGUACACGACCAUGACGGAUAUCGUUCUGGCCAUUGUCCCGGUGACUGUGUUUUGGAAGUUGCAGAUGCGCACAUCGACCAAGGUGGCUGUGUGUAUCAUGAUGAGUCUAACUUUGCUCUCUGCGAUUGUCACGAUUGUCAAAGCGACUUAUCUGCAUUUGUUCACCGACCAUACCGAUCCUCUUUAUAACGUCGUAACACUGGUACUCUGGGGCCUAAUCGAGCAAAAUGUAGUCAUCGUCGCUGCAUGCGUGCCUACACUGCGCCCGUUCUUCCGCAAAGUCUUCACCAACAAGAGUUCUCGCUCUGGCAACAGCACCGGCUCACACUUGCACUCCUCGCAAGCAUUCAAGCUUUCGUCGAAAGCCGUUCAUUCUGGCUUUCAGCGCCCCGAGUCCGAGUCCGAGAUGCCUCUUGAUAAUCGACAGGGCAUUUGGCAAACAAGGGAAGUCACCGUCGAAAGUGAGGAUGACAACUCAUGA